AUGUCUCUUUCGGGAGGUAUUUUCCAUAUGAUGUCGAGCGCUGAUGGUCAUAGACCUAAGCCUGCGACAGCUAAAUGGGGUGCUGCUUGUGCGCAGUGCUCAAUAGCAAAAGCUAAAUGCAUACGGUCAAAUAAUGCGCCUGGUUCCAAAUGCGAUAGAUGCGAAAGAUUGGUAAAGAAUUGUACUGAGCAGGUCCAUCGGCCCCGGAAAAAGCGAACAGUCAAACCCUCUCGAACUGCCCAAAUAGAGGAAAGACUCAAUGGAUUGGUCAAUCUCCUCAAAGCAGGCGGCUUGACCAAUGCGGAUCUAGCAACAGAUACUACCUGCAUCCCAACCGAGGCGGACCCUCAUGUCAUUGAUCAACAGAAGCCUUCGUCCAAAGAGACUGAACCUUCCUUUAAAUCCAAUACCCAAGGGUGGUCGAUUCCUGAUACUUACAACUCUUACGCGCCGCCGCAAUGUAUCUGCAGACAGAUCAGUGGAGAAGUUCCUCCUCCGCCGGGUUCAGACCAGGAGCUUCUCAACCUCUAUCGAAAGGAGUUGCAGGCCAUGAACCCCUUCGUCAUUAUACCUCAUGGUGUUACGGCAGCCAAACUCAGAGAAACUAGACCUUUUCUCAUGGCGUCUAUCCGAAUGGUCACAUCAAGUCGCAGUCUGCGAUCGAUGAGAGCUCAGAUGUACCAUUUGAUGAAACACAUCGCAGACCACAUGCUUAUCCGAUCCGAGCGAUCAUUAGACCUUUUGCUAGGUAUCAUUGUCAUAGUUACGUGGUAUCAGUAUCACUGCUUCAUGCAUGCUCAACUUAAUAACCUAAUUGCUUUGGCCACCACGCUCGUUGGCGAGUUGGGUUUGAACCGAAGCCCGGUUGUUAACGAACGGACUAGCUUGAUGGUUGUAAUACCAUUCCAGCCCAAAACACGUACGAACGAGGAGAGGAGGGCGCUCUUAGGAGUGUGGUACUUAUCAUCAUCGAUGGCAGUUGGUUUCCAACGGAUAGAGUCCAUGCGUUAUACAAGAUAUGGCCAAAGUUGUCUAUCUGUACUCGAACAAGAGAGGGAAUAUGAAACAGAUGCACGACUAGUAGCACUCGUUCGUAUACAACACUUGACCGAGCGCAUUUCACAGCUCAACGCCCCCAACGAACCUAUAGAGGAGGUUGCUGGGUUUCCAACAGCGCCAAUGUCAGCCUAUGUUUCCGCGUUCCAAACCGAGCUCGACAAAAUACGGAACGGGCUACCCCUUGAGCUACAAAAUGACAUAAUCCGCCUAUACGAGCCCCCUUUACUUGAUACUUCUCGAAUAAUCUCAAUGUCGGAGUCUUUGACAACUCCUACAUCAGGGGCUGCCUCGGCACUUGACAUAUUCUAUCAAUCAAGAAAUGCUUUGAAGCAAUUCUUUGAUCACUGGCAAUCUAUACCAAUCUCUGAAUAUCAUAGCCAGACUACUCCGGUAGCUGCCCAACUAAUUUAUGGGAUGACUAUGCUUGGCCGUUGGACAAAGUUUACAGCGCAGAUACCUUUGACGGGGCCUCCCAUGCCAAUGCCCGAGGAUACCAGCGUACAAAACCCCAAUCUGGAACUGUACAAAGCAGACUCGGAGUAUUCGGCGAGUGUGAGUCCAGCACAUGUUACACCUUUGGGCACAACGCCUAGUGCGUGUGAGAAUCACUCUCAAGCAGCCAGUCCUAUUGUUCUACGAGAGGGUACAGACCCAAGACUACCGGCUGCAGUGGCCACCUUGCGGUCACAGAUUGAAACCCAACCGGGACUUUACUUGGACGUCACGGGGAUACUGUCAGGUAUAUAUUCCAAGUUUGAAGAAGUCAAUGCAUCUGUCCAGGCAUCCUCAACCGAACCUGGUACCUCGGAUCACAACCUCUGGAGCAUGAGCGCCAUCAAGGUCAGGAUCACAAGAGCAAAACUGGAGCGGUGGGUAGAGAUAGUUGCGUCUGGAACAGCGGCUCUCAAGAUCCACGACGGUGAUAUCCGAGACACCGACAUGGAUGACCGGGGUGAGAGCGAUAACGGGAGAGCUACUGCACCUGGUAUAGCACAGCCGGGCAACGAGAUACAGAUGGACGAGUUCGGGAUGUCCGAUUGGAACGAGAUGCCUUGGAAUUCCGAUAUGCUCCAGGGGGUUGACCCUUCAAUAUGGUUUGAUGGAUACUUGGAUUGGGGAGCUGUCAUGAACUCCAUGAGCAACAACGAGCCGUGA